UGCGACAUGAACUGGUAGUUGUAAACGGAUAAACAGAGUGAUUGUUUGAUUAGAGGAGAGUCAAUCUACCUUCAUCUUUCCACCAUUUCAUCUCUUAUAACCCCAUUUCCAGUAGCCCAACCAUAUCUGCACAUCUACUCAUCAUCUUCUAUUCAUCCAUUACUACAAUUCGUCUCAUCCGAGGAAAUUAAAACCCACAAAAACUUUGAAGCUCCUCUAAUGGAGUCCGUAGUUUCCGAGCUAGAAGGGGCACUCCUGAAGAGCCCAGACCCCUUCUCGUACUUCAUGUUGGUGGCCUUCGAGGCCUCCGGGCUGCUCCGUUUUGCCCUGCUGCUCAUGCUCUGGCCGGCGAUCAGAGCGCUGGAGUUUCUCGACAGAUCAGGGAACAUCGGAUUAAGGUUGUCGGUUUUUGUGGCGUCGGCCGGGGUGAGGGUGUCGGAGAUCGAGGCGGUGGCGAGGGCGGUCCUGCCCAAGUUUUACCUGGACGAUGUUGACAUGGAAGCUUGGAGGGUUUUCAGCUCGUACGAGAAGAGAACGGUGGUGACGAAGACGCCGAGGAUCAUGGUGGAGACGUUUGUUAAGGAACACUUAAGAGCCGAUGAUGUUUUCGGGACUGAACUUUCCGUCAACCGCUUCGGAUUCGCCACCGGUUUCUUGAAAGAUGAUUUUGAUUCCGUUAGCCGCCGGGUUUCUCGUUUCAUUGGUCACAAUAAUAACCCUCCUUCUUUUGUACUACUUGGAAGGUUUUUCUCCGGAUUUUCCAUCCAGCAACAAUUGCGUCCACCAUUUGAUAGUGGCAAAAAUCAAGAAUGCGGGAUAAUAAAGCCUUCGCCGGUGUUCUUUCACGACGGCCGCCUGGCGAGGCGUCCGACACCGUCGACGGCGCUUCUAAUCCUUCUAUGGAUACCGGUAGGGAUCCUGCUCGCCGCAGUUCGGAUGGCUGUGGGCUUAACUCUACCGAUAUGGACCGUUCCCUAUCUAGCAUCCUAUUUCGGCGGCAAAGUUAUUGUGAAAGGCAACCCGCCGCCGCCGGUCUCCACCACCAACUCCGCCGGAGUGCUCUUCGUCUGCACCCACCGCUCAUUGCUCGACCCCGUCGUCCUCUCCUCCGUCCUCCGACGUAGAAUCCCGGCGGUAACCUACUCCAUCUCGCGCUUCUCCGAGAUCCUAUCUCCGAUCCCGACCGUCCGUUUGACGAGAAAUCGCGACAUAGACGCCGCGAAAAUCAAACGCGAGCUCCAGAACGGAGAUCUUGUCGUGUGCCCAGAAGGUACAACAUGCAGAGAAGCGUUUCUCCUCCGGUUCAGCGCCCUGUUCGCAGAAUUAACCGACCGGAUCGUCCCGGUGGCCAUGAACUACAGAGUGGGGUUUUUCCAUGCAACAACCGCUAGAGGUUGGAAAGCCAUGGACCCGGUCUUCUUCUUCAUGAACCCUAGACCCAUUUACGAGGUUACAUUCUUGAACCAGUUGCCGGCCGAGGCAACAUGCGCCUCGGGAAAAACUCCCCAAGAAGUCGCCAAUUAUGUGCAGAGGAUAUUGGCGGCAACGUUAGGGUUCGAGUGCACAAACUUUACGAGGAAGGACAAGUACAGGGUUCUCGCCGGAAACGAUGGAACGGUGACUCACAAUUCCGGCGCCGAUGAUAUGGGAGAACUCGUAACGGCGUUCAAGAAGGUGGUGGCCAUUUUCAAACCUAAUUAUAUAAUGCAAGAAAGCAGAUAGAUUAUAAACUAUUAAUUCUUGGUCGUCUGGUAA